AUGGGCUCAUGUACACAAGGCCGCUGGUUGCCUUGUGGGAUAAUUAAGUGGAUAGAGAAGCCCUUAUUACAUCUGACCAAUUUUGUCCUCAAGAAAACUCAAGGAGAUGGUCUCAUUAAGCUUUAUGAAAACUUCAUCAGUGAGUUUGAGCACAGGGUAAACUCUUUGUCCCUGGUAGAAAUAAUUCUUCAUGUGAUUAGACAGAUGACCGAUCCUAAUGUGGUUCUUACUUUCCUGGAAAAGACUCGUGAGAAGGUUAAAAGUAGUGAUGAAGCAGCGAUCCUGUGUAAAACAGCUCUCGGAGCUCUGAAACUAAACGUUGGGGAUCUACAGGCUACAAAGGAGACCAUUGAAGAUGUUGAAGAGAUGCUCAACAAUCUCCCUGGGGUGACAUCAGUUCACAGUCGUUUCUAUGACCUCUCCAGUAAAUACUAUCAAACAAUCGGAAACCACGCGUCCUACUAUAAAGAUGCUCUACAGUUUCUGGGCUGUGUCGACAUCAAGGAUCUGCCAGUGUCAGAGCAGCAGGAGAGAGCCUUCACGUUGGGGCUUGCUAGCCUUGGAGAGGGAGUUUUUAACUUUGGAGAGCUUCUCACGCACCCUGUGCUGGAGUCACUGAGGAGCACUGACCGGCAGUGGCUAAUCGACACUCUGUAUGCUUUCAAUAGUGGUGAUGUAGAUAGGUUCCAGACCCUGAAGUCUGCCUGGGGCCAGCAGCCUGAUUUAGCAGCCAACGAGGCCCAGCUUCUGAGGAAGAUCCAGUUGUUGUGCCUUAUGGAGAUGACUUUCACACGACCUGCCAACCACAGACAACUAACUUUUGAAGAAAUUGCCAAACGUGCCAAAAUCGCUGUGAACAAGGUGGAGUUGCUGGUGAUGAAGGCGCUCUCCAUUGGGCUGGUGAGAGGCAGUAUAGACGAGGUGGACAAGCGGGUUCAUAUGACCUGGGUGCAGCCCCACGUGCUGGAUUUGCAGCAGAUCAAGGGGAUGAAGGACCUUCUGGAGCUGUGGUGCACGGACGUGAAGAGCAUGGAGAUGCUGGUGGAACACCAGGCUCAGGACAUCCUCACCUAGUGACCCAGUGCUCCG